AACCCGACUGAAGCACACAAUGCAGUUUGACUGCUACGGGUUAUCCGCCCAGGCUUCAUGGAUGUCUCUAAUAACAAGAAGAAAUGAAUGUAUUCUAAUUUGACGAUCGGGGCGAAAAGUAAACUCUCAUAAAUAUUUUUCAACGUUUCGUGUGAGGCAAAGCAAGUUUAUGCUGCUGAGACCGGCGAAAUCUCUAGCUUUACCAGACUGAGUGGCUCACACAACGGGCCGCGGAAGGAGGUGCCAGGCCGGCGCUGACGGAGUAGCGCUUAACAUCACUGACGGCGCAACUCCAGCCCGAGGCUUCAGGCCCGUUUCAAUUACUAUCGUUAUAAAUGGAGGCUUGGACGAAAGCAGAAGCCAGAGGAAAAUGGCCCUCUGUAGUGCUCGAGUGAUGAAUGUGACAAUGUCUUUACAGAAAGAAAAUUACUUGAAUAUCUCAAAUCAUUCAUAAUCGGCGUGUUGUUGGAUAAAACGGGCCCAGACAUGACUGUACUCGGACUGCGGUGUGCUCCCACCUUCAUGCCUCCAAUAAACUCUAAUAUAUUAUAAGACAGGAAAAAUAAAUCACAUUUCGAUCCCACAACACCGGUCCUGGGCGUGUUCCUUUUUAUAAAUAAUAGUUGUAAACUGUCCCAAUCCGGACCAGGGCUUACUUUCUAAGUGCCUUUGUACGGACAUCGGUGCGGUGCUUUGACAUGGACGGUCCCAGUCGAAGCGGUGGGUUCAGGCAGAGCCGUCGCUCUCGCUCCCAACGUGACAGAGAGCGGCGGAGGAGGAGACCGGAUCUUGCCGAGCCCUGCUCGCCAUCCUCGGCCUCGGACCAGGAGCUAUGCAGACGAGACUCACUGCUCAGAGCCGGCGGAGAAUGCAGACCCGUCUUCCACGGCGCCAGACACCGGCCUCCACGUCGGAGAAAGCGAGAAUCCGUGUCUUGCGAGGAGGAUAUCAUCGAUGGCUUUUCCAUAGCCAGCUUCAUAAGCCUGGAAGCUUUAGAGAUGGACUGUUCUUUGAAGCCACCAGAACGAUCUGGCUUGUUAAUGGGAAGAGGAAGCAAAAGAAAGAGGGGCCUGGAUGAAAACGGAGGGCCUCUGUCAGAGCCAGAGGAAGGACCACCUGCAACGUUCACCAACAGCUGGGAACAGCGCAGGAAAAUCAAAUCAAAACUGAGGAGAAAGGGAGAGGCUAAGAUGUCUGGGAAUCACAUGGAGACAGGUUACAUUUGUGACACAGAGAGUGAAUCUGGCGAUAAGGCUUCGGAUAAUAUGGAGCCAGCGUUUAUCGUCCGCACAAGAGAAGCUGUUAACUCCAACAUGAUGGGCUCUGCGGCAGCCAACGGUUGCCCUCUCUUGCCCUUGAAUAGCUCUCAACCCCUUCUGUCAGUCACACCUCGGGUCUCUGGUCUGGAGAGAAGUCAAGAGAUGAGUAUGGAGCAGCCUUACCCUGAGCCCAUCUCUACCUCAUCCUCCCUUUCCAGCCUAAUAGCCCAUUCCACUGCCUCUGUGCCCACCUCACUUCCUGAACAACGUAAUGGAAAUGCAGGUCCUCAUCACCGCCGUGAUCAAAGCCCAACACAGCACAAACACAAGCCUUUCCUUCCUAUGUUUGAAAAGUCACAAUCGUUCUUUACAAUGGGAAGCAACAAUAGGAGCAGUACCUCAGGCAAGCUUCCAUCUUCAUCUGCCUCUUCAUCAUCAAUUAGGCCACCUACACCUGCUACAGGCGUGUCCCUCAGUCGAGGGCCAGGGGGUGUGAGAACAGUACGACCAUCUUCUCGACCAAGUCCUGGUGCUGUCUUCACACAAUCCCCUAGCCUUCCUCCACCUCCUCCUCUCCUGCAGGUGUCACCACACCGUUCGACAGAUCCAGACUUGAGCUGUCAGGAACUGACAGAAUCUAAUGCCUUACCCGGAGGACCGUCUGUUUCAAGCUCAAGCUCUGGGACCUCCAGCAGAUCCUCACAGGCCCAGGCAUCCAUUCCCACGAUGGCCUACCAGUUCCAUCAGCACAACCACCAGCACCAGCACACUCAUACUCACCAACACUUCUUACAUUCCACACCCGCUGCACCUCCACUGUUUGAUCAGGGCAAGUAUCCGGGCAAGAUAGAGGGUUUUUUUCGACACCCGUUCUUUUCUCAGUACCCACCAUCUGUCCCUGGAAUACAGCCUGUUCUUCCGCCCACAGGACCUUUCAGUUCAUUGGGGGGAGCUUUUCAGCCUAAGGGAGCUGCUCCAGAGAUGACUCCUGGUUUGGGAGUUGUACCUCCCCAUCUACAACCGAAAACUACAAGGCUAACAGACCCAUUUGCACCUCCAAAAGUCAGUAAUAAAUCAGGAAAAUGGUGUGCUAUGCAUGUCCGUGUGGCCUGGAUGAUAUUAAGGCAUCAAGAGAAAGUCAAGCUUAUGCAUGCUGAUCCACAAAAGCUGGACUUCCGUGAUGACCUGUUGCCUCGUCUACCCGGCCCUGGUAUUGGAGGACUAGGGGGUCUAGGACCACUUGGUGCCCCGCUUGGCCCAACUCAUGAUCUUACAAGACCAGGCCUGUUUGCAGCUGCUGGUGGAGUCAAUCCGUCCUCCACACCUUUCAUGCCUCCAUCAACUCCCCACUCCUCAUUCCUCAACCCAGCAGCACAUCUGGACCCAUAUGUGCGCUCGCCCCCCUUUUCCUCGCUGGGAACCCUGGGUUCUGGUGCCUUUGGAGGCUUAGGCAGUCCCACGAUAGCUGCCAAUGUUUUUGGACAUAAGGCUGAGCCCUCUGCAAGUGGGGUCGGAGGUCUAGGCAACCCCCACGAUCCAUGGAAUCGUCUGCACGUUGCCCCUGCCUCCUUCCCCUCUGGAUCCUCUUGGGCCAAAGGACAAGAGAAAAGGGAUGACAGAGGAAAGGCCCUGGAGAGAAGAGAACUGACUCAUAUUAAAGAUGAAAAAGACCGAGACAAUUUCUUGUAUGGACGUCAGCCAGUGCGAAUGUCGCCUGGUGUCCCAUCCCUCAAGCACCGCAGCAGCACCCCAAGUUCACACAUGAAUGGCUUGGGCCCGCUGAGCGGAGGUGCAUCUGAAAGUUGGGAGCGUGAGCGAGAAAGAGAGUCAGACAAGAGGCAACAAUCUGCAUCUAGAGCACAGACUUCGUCUUCCUCCGCAGCUCCGGAACGACCUCGAUCUUCAACAUCGUCUAUCCUCACAACCUCUCCUGCCAGGGCCCCCUUAGCCCCCUCUCCUCUGGAGCUGUUUCAACGGCAGCCACCACACACUCUCAGCACAGAAUCCAGCCAUUCUUCACAAAGAGAAAACAAUAGACCAGCCUCUUCCUCUGCUGGUUCACUUCCAGUCAAGAAACCUGAUCCGACCACUACGGUAACAAAACCUGCACUUGGUCUAAACUCUGGGUUGCUGCAUCCACAAGUCAAGGUCAAAGAAGAGCGUAAAGAGGAGCCUGAGCCGGUGCCCAUCUCCUUACCACAUCCUCCUGUACCUCAGCACAGCUUCGAACGACCUAGUAGCAGACACCCCCACCAUCCAUCCACCCCUUCUUCAACCCUCUCACUAACUCCUACACCUGGCGGGCCUCUCCCUCCUCCUACUCUACACAAUCCACACAAUCCUCACAAUCAACACAAUUCUCACAAUCCUCACAAUCAACACAAUCCUCACAAUCAACACAAUCCUCACAAUCAACACAAUCCACAUAAUCCCCACAAUCCUCAUCAUCACUUAUCUCUCUUAGAACGUUCACGGGCUAUCGAAGCCUAUCUUGGGAGUGGUGGAGGAUCAGCUGGACUGGUAAUAGGUGCUGAUCGGUUCCCACCACAUCCACACGGUCCACCUCAAGGUCAUUCCCACGCCACUCAUAGCUUUCCCUGGGACCCUUGGAGGGAUCUGGCUGCCCAACAACAACAGCAGCAACGCAGAGAUGUAUUGACUCUGAGGUCAGAUCCACACCUUAUGCUUCGCUCAGAUCCGCAUAUGUCUCGGUUGCUCCAUCAUCAACAGGUACAGCGCUAUUUGGAAGCAGAGAGAGCCACAUCAUCUGCUUCUUCUGCAGCAAACAGACAAGAGUUUGCCUUGAUGUCCCAUCAUUUUGAUGAGGAACAACGUGCUCAGAUAUUGCGGGAAGACUUUGAGAGAGCGCGAUACUUCGGGAUGCAUCCACACCUGUCCGCACCUCACCUUCCUGGCCCAUCUCAUGCUGCUCACCUAGAACAGCUUCAUGCAGGGCUUCUGGCUCACUCUCAUCUCCACCCCGGGGGAGCAUCUGGACCUUCACAUCACCCUGGCCUCUACUCUAGACUCGGACCUUUGCAUGCACACUCUCAUUUACCUAAUGGCAUUCUGACUAAGAGCCCAGGUCUGAUGGGGGCGUUGUCAGUUGGGGCUCCACCUCCUCUUAUUCCAUCUGUGAACAGAUCUUCUACUCCACCGCGUGGCUCUAGACUUGGUGGGGCAUCAGACUUGGCCCUUUUUACCACACAUAAAGAUGGGGAGUCCAGAUAGUACUAGAUAAAGCACUAGGUAAAGCUUAAGGAGUUGAUGUAGAACUGUGCUAAAGAAAACACUUCUCCCGUGGAAAGGUUUUGCAAGAACACUUGCAAAAGAGCUAAGCUUCGAAUGACCAUACUCAAGUGUUUUGAAACGACCUGGGGAGAAUGGAGAGACUUCCCAGGGAUGUUUGAUAUAUUUAUCCACUGUGCAUUUGUUAGUGCAAUUUAUGGUACUCUCUUGCUGUGCCCUGGUUUAUCUAGGGGUUUCAUUUCUGAAAGGCCUGUGGAUGUUCAAAGACUAUACGUUACUGGUAAUAAAAUGAAAACUGGCUGUCUUGAAGAGUGAUGAUCAAGAAUUGCGUUCAGAUAUACAGUUUAAAUUUUUACAAAUCACUAGAGACCUGUUUCUCCAACUGAAGUACUGUCGAGUUAUGGUCAUGUUCUUUGCGUUUGCAGGGAAAUCUGACCCUGACUGAAAUAGUCAAGUACUUCUCAUUGUGUGAAUCUGCACUGUUGGGAAAUGUAUGAAUUCAAAGAAACAUCAGUCAUCAUGGUUUUAAAUAUUCAAGUCAACCUUCAGGCAUCUUCCAUGAACAUCAGAAUGAACUUGAGAUUUAUUUUAUGCGUUCAAAAAAAUUAUUAUGAACUGUACAUCUUGUCGGAUAAUAUUUUAAAAUUUUAAGGGAAAGAACUGUCUCCCAUUCAUUAGUCUGAUUCGGUAAAGGAGCUGGGUCAGAAUAUAGUAGAAUAGUGAUAUUGCUUUUGUAAUAAUUAUUGUUAACAUUAAUUACCUUCCAUAAUAAAUAUAUUCACUGUU